CUAAUUUUUCCAUAUGUAUCCUCUUUCGUAAUCUACGACGACCACUGAAGCAGGUGUGUUCGCGGCGAUCUCUUGGGAUGCGCUCAACGUAUACGUGCUUGCUGCAGCAGACGUUGUCUCCGCCCAGGGGUUAGAUUUGGACUAAAUCUAUAUUUGUCUUGCUGGUAUUUAUCCACAAAUCGUUAACCCCAAGUUAACGGUCCCGUAUCCAAAACUGUGUGCACUUAAACAAUAAGUACCCUGUCGGUGCUCCAGCAGUAAUGUGUUCCCGGCAUGCAUCCCAAGCUUGGUCGUAAUCACUCACUGUGGCCACGCAGGCAAGUCAUGCGAGAUGGAGAAAAAGAUGCAUUUUAAUUUCAUGGCACGCAAAAAGAUAAUGUUCUUACGGGAGGGCAGGUGAAAACCUCAUUUAAAGAAAUGCAAGCUAGGCAUUCGGUCGUGUGCAAUACUAGUUGCUAAGCAAUUGAUUCAUGCCGUAGGUGCUACAAUAGAGCGCUAAUACCUGCGGUUGACUAGCAUAGAGCGCCAGUUACUGAGUGGUGCAGUAUCAACCAUCUAGUCGGACUGAUCCUUAAAUUCUGAAGAUAGUCCCACACAGUUUCUCGUACAACAGGUGUUCUUUUUUCUUUUCCCUCUCCCUACGUGAUAAGUGCGGAGUCCGCUGUGUCGCUACGUCAUGCCGGAGUGACUCGGGGGAAACAGUGGUACCGAAAACAGAACUUCAAAACUGUGUCCUUGAUUCAGUUGUCGUCUUAGCAAAAACAUGGAUGCUACAGUGUGGAUUUUGCCUCUUACUUUGUUUCUGGGAACGAUUGCAGGAUACUCAGAUAAAUACUCCAGGGACAAUUUCCUUCUAUUCUCCGAUCAUUCCAACAUUUACCAAAUUUCCCUCAGUGCUCCCUCCCAGGUCCCCCAGCUGCUGCUGUCUGCAGAUAAAACUAGAUAUCCGUCCGCCAUAGACUACGAUCCCAUAGAAGAAACAGUUUAUUGGAUAGAUUCAGUCUCACAUGUCAUAUGGAAGUCCUUUAUCAACGGGACAGUUGAGACGAAAGUUGCCGAUUUGGAUGAGACCUCUGUUCCCAUGGGCAUAGCCGUAGAUUAUGUAUCUAAACUUAUAUACUACACGGACGCAGGAGAGCCGUCUAUUAAUGUGAUAAGAAUGAAUGAUUCCUUGAGACUUGUCAUUGUUGACCAAGGAGUAAAGCGACCGACAUCAAUUAUUAUUGAUCCGUUUGAUUUAAAUUUAUACUGGAUAGAUGAAGGUCUGAGGCAAGUCAUGCGCUCAGAUAUGAGCGGAGCCAAAAUUGAAGCCGUUGUCUCCCAAAACGUAGCGGAACCAAGAGGGUUAGCCUUGGAUCUGAAAGGCCGACGACUGUAUUGGUCGGACGCAGGCAGCAAUACUAUUAACGCGCUCAACCUUAAAGACAACAAUGUACAAAUGAUAUACAAUGAAACAAAUCGCAACCCAGGUUACCAGGACAUUGCCCUGAAAGGCAACAGUACACUGUAUUACACAGCUUCAGUUGAAAGGUCUCCUGUGCAGAUUUCCUUCCCAGGCAGCAUAAGAGAUAAAGUUGGUUCACAAACAUUCAGCAACCUUCGCGGCAUAGUGGCCUAUGAGUCGUCCUCAAAUUGGCUACAGAUUUAUGGCAACAGAGGAACUGCUAGAUGUUCUGUCAACAAUGGCGGAUGUGAAGAUCUGUGUUUUCCGGUAAAGAACCAAGAGGGCAGAGUGUGCAACUGUACAGGUAGUAAACGAUUACUGGCAGAUGGAAAAUCAUGCUCUGAUGUGACUGCUUUACAUGGUUCCAACAUUCUGUUCUUACAAAACCUGGACAGCCUAGCCAUAGCCUACAUUGGUGGUAUACCGGGGGAGCCAAUUGCCUGGGUGAGGAGUGAUGAUCGACCGCUGUCCUUCUGGAGGAUCAGGUCCCGGGGAAGAAGACUCACAGCCAUUGACUUUGAUUAUGCCCGGGAAAGUGUCUACGUUGCAGACACCGAGACGAAAACAAUUCGAGGUUUGGCACUAAACGGAAGCGCCAUUCAGACUUACACGAUAUACUCUGGCAUUUCAACAAACGCUGGUGGUGUCGCUGUGGAUUGGAUAAAUAAAAAUAUCUACUGGACAGACGCCGAGUACCAUGUUGUUAUGAUGGCUAAGUGCGAGCGGUCAUCUAAAUAUGUCCGGACGAUAGCCACGGAAGGUUUGGACAAACCCCACUCCAUUGCCGUGCACCCAGCAAGAGGCUACGUAUUCUGGAUUGAUUAUGGAGAAUUCAACAAAUUGGAAAGGUCCGAACUGGAUGGCAAGAACAGAAUGAUAAUAGCUCAAGGAUUUGUUGGAACACCAAAGGCUUUGACUGUGGAUUUCCAAAACGACAAGGUUUACUGGGCGGACAUCUUGUCCUCGGGGACCUUGACCUCCAGUGUCAUCUACCACAGUGAUCUGGACGGCAAGAACAAGGUGGAAUUCAAAACAAGCACCUACUCCUCCAUCCAGUCAAUGGUGUUUUUCAAGGGAAUGUUGUUUACCAGUGACCACGACAAGCUGCCUCUAAUGGGUGUUUAUAACGCGACAGACGCCGAAUCGAUGGUCAUCCGGAUUGGAGGGGCAGGACCGGUCACUGGGGUCACGGUGUAUCACAAAGACAGACAGGCCAUGCCCAAUGUACCAAAUCCAUGUUUAUCUAAAAACUGUGAUCAGCUGUGUGUGGUGACGCCGAAGAACCUUGCUCGUUGCACGUGUAGCAAUGGUUACACCUUCGACACCGACAGCAGUAAAUGCGUAGGAUCUGAAAUCAAAUCUGGUUUUAUGUAUUCGCUGGGAGACCGGUUGUGCCAGCCACAUUUUAAUGUGACCUCGUCCACAGUGAACACCCCAUACGACUACUGCUUCCUGAAACAGUCCGUGCCAGGCGACGUGGACGUCACGGAGAUCUACAGGAUUGCCGUCAAUAAAUACUCCCAGGAGGUAUUCUAUUACAGUUCCAAGAAGAGGUUGAUGCGCACCAUGCUUACUAACACCUCUGACGUCACGUCAUUGAUUUAUGGUAUCGACAGUUUAGGAGGGUUGGCCCUGGAUUGGCUCUCUGAUAACUUGUAUUGGACAGAGGUCACCAAUGGUCAAAUAUGGGCAGCAAAGACAGAUGGGACACUUCAAAAAAUUCUCCUAAAGAAUCUCUCUAGUCCGAGAGAUAUAAUUGUUCAUCCCCUCAGAGGAUCAAUGUAUUGGAUUUCCAAGAACAAAAUCCAGACUGCAGAUUUAGACGGUCAAAAUAAAAGAAAUUUGAUGAACAUUUCUAUAUCCCCAACCUGUCUUACUUUUGACUAUAUUGAAGAAAGACUUUACUGGUUUGAUAGUAAAGACAAGGAUAUCCGGUCUGUCGGCAUAUUAGGAGAAGAUCAACGUAUAAUCACAUUACCAAAGAACUUCAACAAUAUCACUUCUAUUGCUGUCUAUAAGGGAAUACUGGCGUACACCGACAUUACGAAUCAGACGGGUUUGCACUUGCUGAACAUCUCCAAUUCAAACAGCCCCAUAGCACAAAACGUCACAACCCUCUUACACAGAGAUCAUACUGACGCUUACGAUGUAAUUGUUGUAGACCGCAGCUAUCAGCAGUUGACACAAGCACCCUGUGACAGUAAGUCCCAGCAUGGGUGCGAACAGCUCUGUUUUCCCAAACCAAGUGGAAAAGUGUGUGGCUGUAUUGAUGGCAUGAAGUUACAGGCGGACGGCAAAACAUGUGAAUCAGCUAAGAUCAUGGAGGAUAAUUUCUUCCUGAUUGCGGAUGACUACAGACACUCGAUAUUUCAAGCAGACGUUGACUUUAAGACGUUAUCUGCCCUUAAGCUUCCUACUAAUUACGAGUGGCCUAUGGGCAUCGACUACGACCCCACAGAAAAACGAGUUUAUUGGUCCGACUGGAAGAAAGGCAUAAUUCGAAGCAUGCAUUUGAAUGGUACUGGUGUCAUAACGCUUAGGCAAGGGAAGCCAGGAUCCAGAGUAGACGGCGUUGCCAUCGACACCAGUUCUAAAAACCUUUAUUUCACUGACCGUGGGCUGGACACUCUGGGAGUUAUAAAGAGAGAUGGUUCUAUUCCGGAGACUACAAUUUACUCAUCCAACAGCAGAUCAUUUAAUCCCAGAGCCAUUUUAUUGAACCCAGGGAAAGGAACUUUCUAUUACACGUUGACGACGCCCAACUCUUCGCCGUCUGUGAUGAAUGCUACUAUGGGGGGAACCAAUCAUACCAAAAUGGUUAGCCAUGGACUAAGGAACCCAAACGGCCUAACUGCAGAUUUUGAAGCACAAAAACUAUACUGGGUGGACGGAUACGAGGAUCGCGUAGAGGAAUACAACUUGGCAACAGGGGAACGUACUACAUUGAAAGUUCUAUCUUCCUCCCAUGGGUUUGCCAUCACGAGGAAAGGCGAUUACCUCUACUGGACCGACUGGCUUCAAAAGGGGAUAUUCCGCAUGGACAGAAGAAAUGGAACCGCAAGUGGCAAAGUUGAUGUGUUUCACUAUGACUACUUCACAGGGCUGAACGGGUUGAAGUAUUACAAUACGUCAGUAAAGAGGGAAACAACAGCUUGCUCCCAAAACAAUGGCGGCUGUGCCGUCUACUGUCUGCCAAUGCCGGGCAACAAAAGAAAAUGUGCAUGUCCAGACGGUGAGACUUUGCACUUCAAUGGUAGAGAUUGUGCCAAAGGGUUGAUGUGUCCCGACAUGAAGUUCACCGGCGGAGUAUUUUUGGAUGGCUGCAUGGGAGAAACCAAUCAGACCUGUAAUUACACCUGUGAGAAGGGCUUCAGACCUUCCGUGGAUAGUUCAACAGCGCGCUGUAACCCUCAGACGGGGCAGUUUGAACCGGAUCUCAGCACUCUCUGCAUAGUUGAACGGUGUCCCUUGCUGGUUUUGCCAGUUGGUACACUUGGCAGGUGUCAGGGCAGGAACAGAAAAAACAUUUGCCAGGUGGACUGCAUACCUGGUUAUCGAAAAACAUCUGGGUCCGGCGUCUUUACCUGUCUAGAUGACUUGACCUGGGAUGGAAGCAUCACGUGCGAACAGUUACAUUGCUCUGGUGAUAUAACUAACGGCAACAUUGCCAGGGAGUGCAAUACGACCGCUGGCUCUUCUUGUGAAUAUGUGUGCAACCCUGGCUAUCAGAAAACCACCAGUAAAGUACACUGCAACAUCACCGGAAUAUGGGAACAAGAUUUGACUACAAUCUGCAAUGCAACGAAAUACAUAGUCAAAACGACUAGCACCACCAUCACACCUACUCAAGGUACCACAUCCUAUGAUCGUCAUUCCACCGUUCCAACAAGACUUACUAGUACUACCACAACAAGUACAACAAUGAGUACAACAAUGAGUACGCCAACUACAACUAGCAGUACGACGACCAGUACCACGGCGUACCAAAGCAGUACGUUGCGUACCACCACAACUAGUCGCACCACCACAACUGGUGGUACCACCUCUCCGUCCUCCACUACCACUACUAUUUUUGUCCCAACAACACCAACGACUACGACGACAACGACAACGACAGCAACAACAACGAUGGUAAACCCUACACCCUCUCUGCUACCGGCCUCCACGACGUCGGAGGCAGGUGUAAUUGGGCCAAAGGCCUCUAGUCAAGGUCAAGACGACAAUAAAGGUUUGAUAGCCGGCAUCGUGGUGGUCGUUGUUGUGCUAAUUGUGCUUAUCGUCAUCUUGGCGGUCAUAUUGGUCCGGAGAAGGAACCGGUCGCCCCAGUAUGUGGAUCAGACCAACAUGUCCGACUCAGAAUCAAUACGAGGUGGCUCCACCAGCGGGGACGUCUCAGUCGGAGUAAAGGUGGGGGCAGACGGCAGUUUAGCAAUUGUCAACCCCGCGUUCGGAGAACCAGGAAAACCGGAAAUGAUGUCAGACACUGCUAUGGACGAUGUCUUUUUAGGGAUGAAAGACGAAAAAGGUCUUAUUGUGAAUAACCAUGAUACAUAUGCUUGAAGUGUAUAUAAAACAGCAGUAAAUGAUCGUACAAAUCCAAGAUAUUAUUUAAGCAGCAAUGCCGAAGGAAGACGGUGCAAAUUCAUUAAAACCUGUUGUACAACAUCGUCAGAAUUUACAUAUACAGUGCAACUGUGGUUUUAUGUAUUUCUCAUAUAACAGGCUGGAACCUAUCUGUGGAUAGAUCUGUUUCAUCUAGUCAGGAAUUCUACAACGGUGCCACGAGAUGUUGUGUGUCCUGUGGAUAUAUAAAUGUUUAUUAUCGAACAUCAGAAAGUACAUGUUCGGAUUGAUACACACAAAGUGUGUCUGUAAAUCUCAAAUACCCUCGUGUGCAAGUAAAUAUCAUCAUGAAUGCACGGACGCUUACGGAUUACCACUAGAAUAGAUGUCUUCUGAUAUCCUCUUACAUCAAAAGAAAGGCGCGGAAAUCAUAUCCAGAUUUUUUUUUCGUUUACACUUUUGACUGAACCUACAUGAAGCAUUGCAGUCGUGCCAUACGGCACCAAGGUCAAAAUUCCGAAUUUGCUUAAUACUUUCUUUUAUCUUAUAAUGAAUCUAGAUCUAAUUGAAAAAGACCUGGGAAGCUUCAUGGCCGUUCCGCAAUUUUCAGUAUACAAAAUGCCAGAAAUAUUAUGGGAAACUUGCUUGAAAGAGCUAGUAAAUGGGGUCUUGGGGUUUUACAAAUAUUUACUUUUAUGUAAUAAUUGUAUAUAGCAAAACACUUAUUUUCGAAAAAGGUUGUUUAUCUAUUUUAUACGUAAGAUCGGAAUUGUUGUUGAUCAUGCUCAAGGGAAUACGUCGUGCUAAAAUGAGUUCCUGUUUAUACUCGUAUACUGUAGCAAAAAGUUUCAGUGCAGCUUAUGAGCCGACUUAUGUCUAACCGGGGCGUUUGUUUGUUAGAGAAAAGCAAUGUUGGGCAUAAUCGCCUGAUAAAUGUUUAAUAGGACGAUAUUUCAUACUUGGUGUGUGGAAUGUUUAUGAUAUGAAAUCGAUACAGUAUCGUUUAUUUCGCAAGGAUAUGUUUUCCUCAGUGAUAUAUACUUCAUAUCCUAUGUACAUCUAUGCAUCAGAAAUCUUUUAGACCGAAUAUAGUCUAACGCAAUAAAACUAAUGCAUAUAAAAUUCAAUAAAAGCAAUAGCUACAAAAACGA